CACACACACACAUACACACACCAUGCGGGCAUUUCCUUUUGGUUCACAUGUUCAGACAGGAGAGUAGAUCUACCACAUCGCGAGGGUUGUUCAGUGUGGUGAAAGUAGCUCUUGACUUGCGUGUGUGAUGAUGUGUGUGUGUGUGUGUGUGUGUGUGUGUGUGUGUGUGUGUGUGUGUGUGUGUGUGUGUGUGUGUGUUUAUGUGUUAAUUGCUGGCCGUAUUGUGUGUGCUAGAGCAGGUUGUGUUUGGUUGCAUAGAAAGAAGUCUAUUGUGUUCUCCGAAAUUCGUUUUCAGAAAGCAUGUUGUGUAAAGUCAAAGAAAUGAAUGCCUUGUAUAAAAAAAAACGGACCCCUAGAUAGAAGUUAUUAGUUACGUCUGGUUGCGCUUACACAUUUUUUAUAGAAUUAGAUCGCUGCUGACAAGUUUGUUCUUCGAAGAAAGAUCUUUUUGGAGCGAGUAAUGUUUUCCCCGGAGUCAAAUGUUUGUUCUUGAAAUAAAAUAACACGGUUGUUUCACUGGAAGUAAUGUCUCUUUCUCCUCGCCCCACUAAGUGAUGUCCCCGGGUCAGUUUCCCUUUGUUCUUCAACAAAAGUGAUCGAGCGCGGAGUGCAGUGAGAAGGAGUUUUAUGCUUCGUGGAUUACCGUUUUGGACGUGGCUUGGCUUCGGGGGAUCAGUGAAAGUUUUACGAGACGCCGCUUCGAAGGCGGAGGCAGUGCUUGUUACGGCAUAGUAGGAUGAAAACGACUCUCUUCUCCCACUACUACUGUUGUUCUGGUGGAGGAAAGCUGAGCUUGGUGCUGUAGACGGACGCCUCGAACCGAGCGGCCAACUAGCCCGCCCGCUCAGGGGGCACGGAGGUCAUAGGUCAGCGUGUGAGGACGACGACGACGAGCUGUCGAGGGGUCAAGGUCACGCCAUGUGGCCGGCGGAGUGGGAGGAGGACGUGUUCCACCAGCACGGGCACUACCAGUACCACCACGCCCACGCCGCCAUACUGGGAGUUCGGCCCGAGGGUGAAAUGCCCCCCAACAGUAGCCAGUUGGACGUGACACAAGCCGACCGGAUGAGUUUCCCCGGGGGUCAGGGCGGAAGUGCGUACCAUCCCCUCGAGCCCGGCGCGGACGUGGGCGGCGCCUCGGACCCCAAACGGAAGAAGGGCAACGGCGUGGAGGGCAAGAGCAUCGAGGAGGAGCUGUGCCGUAUCUGUGGCGACCGGGCCUCGGGCUACCACUACAAUGCUCUCAGCUGCGAGGGCUGCAAAGG